AUGGCAACACCCCAACUCCAAACCGCCGCCGUUCUCCCCUCUACUGGCGCAACACUCACCAGCCGCCUCGAGAUCAGACAUGAUCGGCCGAUCCCGUCCCCCGCAGCAGGCGAACUGCUUGUCAAGCUCGAGUUCUCUGGUGUCUGCCACUCGGAUGUGCACAGCGUGCGUGGAGAGACACCAAUGUUGACGGAUGUUGCGGGGCAUGAGGGGGUCGGGAAAGUUGUCAAAGUGGGCGACGGUGUAGAUGAAGGUGCUUGGAUGGGGAGGAGAGUCGGAAUUAGGUGGCUGUACAGCUCAUGCCUAGAGUGCGAGAUCUGCGAGAGGAAUAAUACGGCUUGCCCGAAUCAGAAGAAUGCUGGUGCGAAUGUACCGGGGACCUUCCAACAAUACAUCGUCAGUCCUGCAAUGCACGUAACGAAGAUCCCACCGCAGCUCUCCCCUGACGAAGCUGCGCCGCUAUUAUGUGCCGGAAUCGCCAUGUAUUCGUCCAUCAUGAAAACAAAGACUCGUCCCGGGGAUUGGAUUGUUUUUCCCGGUGCCGGAGGUGGUCUGGGACACAUGGGUGUUCAAAUUGCAGUCAAGAAAGGGCUCAGAGUUAUAGCCAUUGACAGUGGUGAAAAGAAACAGAAGCUCUGCCUUUCCCUUGGAGCCACAGCCUUCCUAGACUACAAGACCGACGACGUCGAAAGCGCUGUGAAACAACUAACCUCUGGCCUUGGUGCCCACGCAGUAAUCUGCACAGCGAAUGGAGAGGCCGCCUACGAGCAAAGUAUGCGCUUACUCCGGCGGCUAGGUGUCCUUGUUUGUGUGGGGAUACCAAAUCUGCCGUUCCGGCUGCCGGCAACACCAUUUGACAUGAUCGUUAAAGGUUUGACUAUCGUGGGCAACUCGGCCGGCACGGCCGAGGAGAUGGAAGAGUUGAUGGAGAUGGCUGUAGCUGGGGAUUUGAAGGCCCAUAUUGAGUGUUUUGAAUUUGAUCAGAUUGAUGACGUUAUACAGCGACUUGGGAGAUCAGAGAUUGAGGGGAGGGCUGUCAUGCGUAUUCCGGAGUGA